AUGUCUGUCAGUGUCACCAGCUCUGAAGCUGAUAUUAUGGUUCCCGAAUCCCGACAUGGGCCCGAUAACAACAUAGAUGAAUCCAGAAAACCGGUAGCUCCCCGACAGAGGACACGUUGGAUGGAAAGGUCGAGCGUGCGCGACCACUUUCAGGUUUCUGAGUCCAGCGGUAUCAAGACUGCUAGCUGUAUAUAUUGCGGAAGAUCCUUCAGUGAAAGCAAGUCUACUGGUAACCUCUCAAAACACAUAAGAAACGUUCAUCCUAUGCAAUUCAGGUCUCAAAAAGCCGCGACCUCAAAAGAGGAUUCCAUAGGUAGACUAACAAAAUCUCAAUCACUUCAAUUACCUGCGAAUAUAAUUCAGGAAUGCAAACAUAGUCCUGGUGCAAUCGCUACGAUUGGUUUUCUGGCGGAAAACUUCAUUCCAGUGUCACUCGUCAGUUCAGCCACUUGGAAAUGGCUCUGUAAGGUGUGCCCUGAAACAUCAUUGAUACAUUCCGAAAUCUCGAUAAACACAAAAUUGAACGUAUACUCUAGAUGGUUCGAUGACGCGCUGAUAGCAAACAUGGAACAUACCGACUACAUAAAUCUAGUGCUGGAUAACUGGUCUGGUGCAAAUGGUCGCUACUACUUGGGUAUAACAGCCUCUUAUACUCCAAAUAUGCUUAAUGAAAAAGUGCUGAGUAGCUUGGGAGAGCAAGCCCUUCUCAGCAAUUUUGGAGAUCCUUCCAAUAGCCAUUUGCUGGAUCUGGUUGACAUUGGCGAUCAGCCUCAUACUGACGAGUGCUUGUUAGCUGCGGUUACAGAUGUUCUAGAAAGGUUCAAAAUAGCGGGCAAAAUUGGAUCCCUUACAUCUGGCGGGGCUCCCUUCAAGACUUCUCGGCAAGGUGAGCUUCUAGAUAGGCUUGUGAAGCCAGAAAUUUUGCAAAGAGCCAACAGACUCUACCACAUUCGAUGCGCAAACUGCAUCUUGGAUGCCAUUUUUCGAAACAUAGUACAGCGUUUGCUGGAAAAUGAGAAAUUCAAGAUGGGUUUGAAGCAGGUAGGUGCGCUAGCCAAAGUAAUGAAAGGAUCACCUUUUUUAAAGACAGCUUUGGCAGAAGCCGAGUUGCCAAUGAUUCCAUCAAAUCUCGGACUCGGAUGGAUUUGCAUUUGGGAUCAGCUCGCCACAUUUCUGGAACACCGUCAGAGAUAUUCACAGUGGAUUGACAAUUUACGAAACUCUUCAAAAAAAUAUCAUCUCCCUUCAACUAUAGACCAACAAAUUGAGCUUCCUAUUGGUACCAUACAGUUGCUUGAGUAUUUCGUCAGUUGCUGCUCAAUCUUUCGGACUCUCAGCAACAGCCUACAGGAUGACGCUGUGAACAAUAUUUCAAAUGCCGUGACAUUCUAUUGCACAAUGAAAAAGUACUUCGAAUUGUGUAGCAUUGGCGAAGCAGAGGUCAUAGAGACAACCUCAGAAGGUUCUUUUGAUUUCACAUUCAUAAAUGGAGCGCCUGAUCACUCCAAAGAUGUGAGGCGCCCUGUUUUGGAAGCCGUUCUUUCAGCACGGCAAAAGUUCGAUGAAUACUUCAAUGCCUUCAAGGAAAACGAGAUAUACUUCGUUGCAGCAUUUCUGGACCCCUCUUUGAAGUUUGAUUGCUUUAGCGAGCUUAUGGUUGGAGAGGAAGGCGAGCAGCAGUUCAAGAAGGUUGAAUUGUAUCUAAAGAGUUAUCUCGCAGAGUGUCAAUCCAAGAACCGAUCAGUACCGCGGAUAGAAGUUCCAAGCGUUGCAGGGACAAAAGGCAGUCGAAUCAACAAACUUCCUAGGCCGAACAUGAGGACCAAGCAUUCGAUAGUGAAGGCCUACCAAGUUUUGGAAGAAUGGGAAAGGUAUAAGGCUGAUGGUGAGUUGACUUCAGAAACUGCAACAGAUGCUGUGAGAUGGUGGUAUUCUCGCAGGCGGGUUUAUCCGAACUUGUUUCCUCUGGCUGUGUCAAUGAUAUAUACAAAGUUCAGCAAAAGUAGACCAGAGGGAACUUUUUCCAUCAGCGAGACCUUUACGCAGAAAAAUCAUCUAUCCAUCGAAAGUGAGAGCACGAAGAAACUGAUAGUUUUGAGAGACCGCUUUUCGAAAUUCGGUCUUUUUGGUGAUGAGCUUGGUGUCUCUAUGAGAAACGGCGAUGGCUUCGAAAGCCUGUCACUUUCGAAUUCGGGUGGUGAUUUAGCAGAUGAAGAGGAUCUUCUCAAUUCUCUGCUUCAGCAUUCUAAUGAUGAUAAGUGA